AUGCGGAGACAACGUGUCUUGAGGACAUCCUCGGCGCAAAGUCUCUGCGUCUUCUGCGCAUGUCGACUCGGCAUCGAGCCUCUGCCCAGCCAGAUCACUCCUUUCGUCUCGACUACAGCACGGAGAGGCAUACGAACGACGCCCAAUCCCUUUCAAUCUGCUGCGCCAGUACCGGCACUCAUCAAUGACAGCGGCAGCCCACCUGCACCCUUUGCAUUCGACCCGACUUCGAGCUUGACGCAGGCCGAGCAGCAGGAGAAGGCGAGACGGCUAGACGCCCAGCGGCAGCGGCAGCGUCAAGCAGAGGAACAACAGGCAAAGCAGCAGCAAACCUGGCAGGCGACCGAGAAGCGGCGGCAGCCUUCAGGAGGCAAUGCAUCGUCUCGUUCAGGCCAACUUGGCCGAAAGCAGCAGAAGGGAGACAGCUACAGGAAGGUUGCUUUCCGCGGGGUCCAGGAAGACGCCACAGAGGAUGCUGCUCCAAGUCCCGCAGGACGAUCCCUUGGUCAGGCCAUGCUCAGUGCUCAAAACGGUGCCGCCCUAAGCCAAGAUACUUUCAAGAGGGCAGGGCAGAAUAGAAAACAGGAUCCAUCAGGUCAGGCUCUGGUGAUCAAGAAGCACCACGCAAAAGAUGAGCGUGGUGCCCCGCCGAGCCAGGCAGACAAACAGAGCACUACGAGCCGAAGGAAUGACAAUGCUCGCCGUGAUGCAAAGAGCCCUGUCGACCGUGCUCCAAAGAAGGUUGCGAAUCCAUUUGCCGCGCCGGCAAAGAAGGACACUUCACCCGCUGAGAAGAGGGCGACUUCAGGAUGGGGCAUGGGUGCUACUCAAACAGUAUCCACAGUACCCGAAAAGGCGGUGGAAGGACCGGAGAGGGGAUCUGUCGUCUGGGAUGAUGGUGUAGACCGGCCACCGAAUCCUGCGAUUCGAGAUGUAGACGACAAAAGCCGCCACGAGGUCCUGCAAGCCAGACCAGCAAGAACGCCGAACGCAGGCGGGUGGCACUUCCGGCCUACCCACACUAUGCCGGACGAGGAAGCAACAGGUUCUGGCCGAGAGAAUCAACAGCCAUCGAAUACACGGCAAAUUGAGAGCAAUUUCCAGGGAGUAGCGGCUCCUAAGAGUUCUGGCGCCUCUACACACCAGACUGAACCAACGCAGUCAUACCCGGAUCCUGCUGAAGUACAGUCAGCUAAUACUGGCUCUUUCGGAUACUUCGAAGAUGCAUCGCUGGAGGUAGAGUCCGAAGCGAAAGAACAAGCACCGCCGUCUAUUCAGGAACUCGUUCGCGACGAUAUUGUAGAGCUUCCUGCUCAAAUAUCGUCUGAAGCUUCUCCCAGCGCUUCACCACCAACUAUGGAUUCCUCGAAUAUAAUCCAUCGUGACGAAGUACCCAGUCAUACAUCAAGUCAGCAAAGUGACACCACGCCCCCUACGACAUCUGAUUAUGGCGAAGAUGAGCUGCGGCGAUUGCAGCAAGAGCUGGACGACGGCGAGAUCACCCAGAAAGGCUACGACAAGAGGCGAGCAGUGAUUGUGGAAAUGCAACAACUGCAUCGGGAUUUCGACGACGGCGAGAUCACACAAAAGGGCUUCGACAAGAGGCGAGCAGCCAUCUUGGCACGACAAGGUAUUAUCGCACCUGCGCAAGCUUCCACAGGCAACACUCAGAGUCGACCCCAAAUGCCUGACACUGCACAGGGAAGUCGUGGUACCCAACAGCAAACUGAUGCCCCGUUCGGCCUGGGCCAACCUCGCGCGCCAGACGAGCAGUCUGCACGGCCACAAGAGCACACCGCGCACAGCCCGUCUCCGCGUGAGCUCGCAGGUACAGGCUACCGUAUCACGCCUUUUGACCCGAGUACACUACAGCAGCAGACAGACCAGGAUCAAACUGCGGAUUGGCAACAUCUUCGACCCAAGAAGGACUCUUCGAAGGACGCAACUUCUGAGCAAGCUCAACCAACGCAGCGACACGAGCAGCCACAGAAUUCCACUCCGCGACAGCCGCGGCAACGACUACAAGAAGACUUUUCAGAUGCUGCCGUAGAUCGAAGCUUCAAUGCGUACAGGCAGAGCCGUCCACAACGCCAGGCUGGGGCACAGGACGUUGAGCAACGCAACAGCUACGAGUUGUUUUCCAACACACGGCGAGAGACACGAGCUUGCGCUCGCUGUGGCGAGAUCGGUCAUAUCGCCCGAUUCUGCCCAGAUCCACAUCGCAACACUAAAUGCCAUCGAUGCGGCCAGCUCGGCCACAUGGCAAGUGUGUGCCCCAACCAGCAUGUGCGGGCAAUUCGUGAUGCUGAGCCGCGUAGAACUGGGUUUGAACGGCGAGACUUUCGACGUGAACAGGAUGCCACAGACCAGCGAUACGCACCAAUGUUUUCAGGGCCAUUUGGCGCGGCAGGUCGCUCCACUCAAACCGAUGCAAGCGAAGCUGAAGAAGGUUUUUCUCCAUCCCGCGAAAGUCGCUUCACCUCCGCUCAACCAGAGGUGAUCGACGAAGAGGAUGAUAAGAAGGCAAGCCAGGCGUCCCGUCGUGCUCAGAAAUGGGCUGAUGUGGAGGCUGAGCCCGAGACUAACAAAUAUGCCGACCGCCGCAAAGGAAAGCGCAACAACAGAAGAGAAUUUGAUGAAGACGCAGACGACGAUGAGGGUGCCCGUGACGUUUAUCGAGCGCGCAAAGCUAAGCGUCAAGCCGAAGAAGAAGCUGAGACUCGCAAGAAGGACAAAGCUAACAGGGAGAAACGCCAGGCGCUCAAGGCCCAGCAGGCCACCGCCAUCACGCUACCAGAGUAUGUCAGCGUGCAGCAGUUGUCACAGCUUCUUGGUGUGAGAUACGAAGAGUUCGUUGAGCGGCUUGAAGAACUCGGCUAUGAUGAUGUCUUCUCUGGCAAGACCUUGAACUCGGAAACCAGUGGCAUGAUCGCUAUGGAGUACAACUUCGAGCCGAAUUAUGACGUUGGUGCUCGCGAAGAGGAAGAGCGAGACUUGAAGGCGAGGCCAGAGGUCGAAGACAAGGAGUUCCUGCCUAUACGUCCACCAGUGGUAACAAUCAUGGGACAUGUCGACCACGGAAAAACAACGAUCUUGGACUACCUACGCAAGAGCUCUGUCGCAGCUGGCGAAGCAGGCGGUAUCACGCAGCACAUUGGUGCUUUCAGCGUGCCCAUGGCAAGCAGUGGCAAGACUGUGACAUUCCUCGACACUCCAGGGCACGCAGCCUUCUUGGCGAUGAGACAGCGCGGCGCGAAUGUCACUGACAUUGUCGUUCUGGUCGUUGCAGCAGAUGACAGUGUAAAGCCGCAGACGCUUGAAGCCAUCAAACACGCCAAGGCUGCUGGUGUACCGAUGAUUGUUGCCAUCAACAAGGUCGAUAAAGAGGAAGCCGAUAUACAGCGCUGUAAGCAAGAUCUCGCCCGACAUGGCGUCGAGAUUGAAGACUUCGGCGGUGAUACUCAGGUCGUCUGCGUCUCCGGCAAGACUGGCAAGGGCAUGGACGAGCUGGAGGAGAGCGUAGUCACACUUUCCGAGAUUCUGGAUCAUCGAGCUGAGACGGAUGGCAAUGCUGAAGGAUGGAUCCUCGAGGCCACCACGAAGAAGGCCGGUCGUGUUGCGACUGUGCUUGUCCGUCGUGGUACACUCAGACCAGGUAGUGUCAUCGUCGCAGGCAAGACCUGGGCUCGUGUCAGGUCUCUUCGUAAUGAAGCUGGCAAGAAACUCGCUGAGGUCGGCCCUGGAAUGCCCGUCGAGGUCGACGGAUGGAAAGAUCAGCCCGUAGCCGGCGAUGAAGUUCUUCAGGCACCGAGUGAGCAGAAAGCAACAAGCGUUGUUGAGUAUCGCGAAGAGGUUGACGAACGUGAGAGAGCCGCAAAGGACAUGGAAGCCAUCAAUGAGGCCCGACGAAUCCAACAAGAGAAACACGAGAAAGACAAGGCAGCCGAACAAGCCACCAAGCGCGCUGCCGCUGCCGCUCGAGCUGAAGGCCUGGACCGCGAAGCAGACUCUGCUGCAAAGGAGGCAGACGAAGAACAACAAUCUGGACAGAUGAUCGUCCCCUUCAUCAUCAAAGCUGAUGUCUCAGGGUCGGCCGAAGCAGUUUCGGCGUACAUCAUGUCCGUCUCUAACCCUCUGAUCGCACCACAAAUCCUCGCAUCGAAUGUUGGCGCCAUCCACGAGUCGGACAUCGAGCUGGCUCAUGCUGCGUCUGGCAAUAUCAUUGCCUUCAACCUUCCUGCCGACCCGGAAAUGCAGGCUCUUGCAGAGAGCCGUGGUGUCAAGGUACUGGAGAACAACAUCAUCUACCGUGUCCUGGACGAUGUCAAGGCUGUACUGGAAGAAAAGCUCCCACCCAUGAUCACGCAACGCGUCCUUGGCGAAGCUGAGGUCGGUGCUGCGUUCGAGAUUGGCGUAGGUGGAAGGAAGAAGAUCAAGAUUGCUGGAUGUAAAGUACGAAAUGGUUCUGUUGGCAUGAGGAGUCGUGCGCGUGUGACGAGGGGUGGGGAGAAGGUUUAUGACGGUACGAUCACGUCCCUCAAGAACGUCAAGAAAGACGCCCAGGAGAUGCGCAAAGGCACGGAGUGUGGUAUGGGCUUCGAUGGGUGGGAAGGUUUCGAAGUUGGUGAUCAGGUCCAGACUUAUGAGGAGGUCAGUGAAAGGCGGAAGUUGUAG